GAGAGAAGACUUCUCUCUGGUUAUACAUGAAGGGAUCACGCUGAUUUCUCAAAAAAUCUAAUACAAAUUGUUGAAUUGUAUAAUUUAUACAAAAAACAAGGCUGUUCUUUACAUGUAAAUCUUUUACAUCAGUUUUAUUCAAAACUUUCUUUUACAUUUGUGAAAUUAAUUAAAAACUACUACUUAACAAUGAUAAUUUGGACAUUGUGUCGAGUUAGUAGGCUCAAAGAAGUAUAUCAACGAUUACCUUUACUAUCAUCAAUAACUAAAAUAAAUAAAAUUCCUCAAAGAUACAAUAUAUCUUUACAUAAUGAGGCACUUUUUGGACGAGAUAAGAAAAAAAUUAAAAAGUUCAUGUCGAUAGACAAUAUACCAAAAGAUUCUCAACUGGUAUACAAUUGUGCAAUAUCGAAACUUAUAGUAUUUGCAUACAAUUCGUCUUGGUUUCUAUUGAUAUUUAUUUUGUCUGGAAUUUAUUAUUAUACUGAUAGUGAAUUGGACUAUCCUCUUUAUGAACCUGACCAGAAUGAUGGAAGUACUUUGCACAAUAUUACAAUAUAUUCAGAAGUAGAACAUUAUAUGAUUUAUUUAUUUCUGUUAUGCUAUAAUGUAUUUGGAUUUGUAUGGUGUCGACGAACAGCAUUGAGAAUAUGGCAUCAUAACGACAAAUAUUAUAUGAUUUUACCAAAACUUGUUUCUAAAAGUGGAAGACAAGUUAUUGUUAAACCAGGAGACAUGUCACUCAAAUAUAAAUUUGUACAGAUACCUUUGAUUAAAAAUGUUCAUGUUAUGAAUGGUUGGAAAUACUACAUAAAUGAAGAAAAUUUUAUGACACCAUUAGAAUAUUUUAAAUUUAUUGGUGAAUCUACUUGAUUUUGUAAAUAAAUAUAAAAUUUUUUAAAUAA